GAGCACUCACUCUGCGCAGCUCCCACUGCAGUCGCAGGCAGCCUCCCUCCUCUCCAUUCUGUCCUCAUUUCUCUCUCUCACACACGAUGCGGCUCCGCGGCACUGGCAGCCUGGGCUCCUCUCUCAUCACCGAAGGAGUAAUGAAGAGGACCACCAUGUAGACAGAAUGCAGACAUUGACAGACUGCAGACGGAGAUAGAAGAUAGAAGAAGCAGAAUGGGAACAUGCAUCUGGAGCGGCUCCCGAUUGACCCACAGUAACAGAAGACCAGAAGGGAUCGUUAUUCUCCUGUGGACGUACGUCGCUCCUCUCGUUGCUGGUCUAGCUGGCUUCCUUUAGUGUUCUCUGGAUGGUCUCUCCACACUGUCGCUGACUGAGGGAUCUCAGCCUGUCUCUGUAUCUCAAAGUGACAACAGGAUUUAGCUCUCCCUCUGUCUGUCGGUGGGCGCUGCAGCACCUGUCUCUCUCUCUUAUCGUGUGGUAUUGCCGGACGCAGUGGCAUUCACCCCUCUUCCUCUUCAUUUUGAGAAUCCCUCUCUCUCUCUCUCUCUCUCUCUCAACACACACAACCCCCUCGUAAAGCUGAGGUUUGUACUCCUUCUUCGUCGAGUUACUGAGCAAUACUAGCUAGUCAGUCAUCAUGGGGGACCUGACCAACAGUGAUUAUUACUCUAAGAACCAAAGAAACGAUGUCAGCAGUAACCACGAGGGGGGCUUUGGGGUCUCGGUCAUGGAGCUGCGUGAACUCAUGGAGCUGAGAGGCAGCGAGGCGGUUGUUAAGAUCCAGGAGGAGUACGGGGACAUGGACGGGCUCUGUCAACGGCUUAAAACAUCACCCACAGAAGGCUUAUCAGGAGAUGCAACCGACCUAGAUAAGAGGAAAGAAGUGUAUGGGGAAAACCUUAUACCUCCGAAGAAGCCAAAGACCUUCCUCCAGUUAGUAUGGGAAGCCCUGCAGGACGUGACUCUGAUCAUCUUGGAGGUGGCUGCCCUGAUCUCUCUGGGACUGUCCUUCUAUCAGCCUCCGGGAGGGGACAGCGGAGAAUCCUGUGGGACAGCGGCGGCGGGUGCAGAGGAUGAGGGUGAGGCCGAGGCCGGCUGGAUAGAGGGAGCAGCCAUCUUGCUGUCUGUAGUGUGUGUGGUUCUGGUGACGGCCUUCAACGACUGGAGCAAGGAGAAGCAGUUCAGAGGGCUGCAGAGCCGCAUCGAGCAGGAGCAGAAGUUCCAGGUGGUCCGAGGUGCUCAGGUCAUCCAGCUCCCGGUCGCUGACAUCGUGGUCGGGGACAUCGCACAAAUCAAGUAUGGUGACCUGCUUCCAACGGAUGGAGUGUUGAUACAGGGGAACGACUUGAAGAUAGACGAGAGUUCGCUAACAGGAGAGUCUGAUCACGUCAAAAAAGCAGCCGACAGAGACCCGAUGCUGCUGUCUGGUACCCAUGUGAUGGAGGGUUCCGGCAGGAUGCUGGUAACAGCUGUAGGGGUCAACUCUCAGACCGGUAUCAUCUUUACUCUGCUGGGGGCCGGAGAGCCAGGGGAGGAGGAGAAGAAGGAGAAGAAAGCUCUCCUCCCAAUUCCACCGCUGAACUGCCCCCAUCCCUCUGCCCACCCCAUCGCAACUAUAGCCACCGAUGGUGCUGCAGGUGGUUUUGCACCUGGAAAUGCCAGCCUAGUCAAUGGUAAAAUACAGGAUGACAAUAUGGAGAACAACCAGACUAAAGUGAAGAAACAGGACGGAGCGGCUGCUAUGGAGAUGCAGCCUCUGAAGAGCGCCGAGGGAGGAGAGAUGGAGGAGAAGGAGGAGAAGAAGAAAGCAAACGUCUCCAAGAAGGAGAAGUCUGUCCUCCAGGGGAAACUGACCAAGCUGGCUGUUCAGAUUGGCAAAGCAGGUCUGGUGAUGUCUGCCAUCACAGUGAUCAUCCUGGUGCUGUACUUUGCUGUGGACAACUUUGUCCUGCAGAAGAGGCCGUGGCUGACGGAGUGUACCCCCAUCUAUGUCCAGUACUUUGUCAAGUUCUUCAUCAUCGGUGUCACCGUGCUGGUGGUGGCUGUACCUGAGGGGCUGCCCCUGGCCGUCACCAUCUCCCUGGCCUACUCUGUCAAGAAAAUGAUGAAAGAUAAUAACCUGGUUCGCCACCUGGAUGCGUGUGAGACGAUGGGUAACGCCACGGCCAUCUGCUCCGACAAGACCGGCACGUUGACCACCAACCGCAUGACUGCUGUGGCGUGCUACGUGGGGGAUGUCCACUACAAGGAGAUACCGGACCCUGGACUUCUGUCUGUUAAGUCUCUGGAUAUCCUUGUCAACGCCAUCUCCCUCAACAGCGCGUACACCACCAAGAUACUGCCUGCCACCAAGGAGGGUGGUCUGCCCAUGCAGGUGGGCAACAAGACAGAGUGUGGCCUGCUUGGCCUGGUGCUGGACCUGAAGAGAGACUACCAACCCGUCCGAAACCAGAUCCCAGAGGAGAAACUCUAUAAGGUGUACACCUUCAACUCAGUCAGGAAGUCCAUGUCCACGGUCAUCAAACUACCAGACGGCUCCUUCAGGAUGUACAGCAAAGGAGCCUCCGAGAUCGUCCUCAAGAAGUGCACUAAGAUCCUGAACCAGGAAGGCGAGCCGCGGGUGUUCCGUCCCCGGGACAAGGACGAGAUGGUGAAGAAGGUGAUCGAGCCGAUGGCGUGUGACGGGCUGCGGACCAUCUGCGUGGCGUACCGUGACUUCCCUGGCGACCCAGAACCCCUCUGGGACAACGAGAACGACAUCCUCAAUGAGCUGACGGCUGUCUGCGUGGUCGGCAUAGAGGACCCUGUCAGGCCAGAGGUGCCUUCUGCUAUUGUGCGGUGCCAGCGUGCGGGCAUCACGGUGCGCAUGGUGACAGGUGACAACAUCAACACGGCCAGGGCCAUCGCCAUCAAGUGUGGCAUCAUUCACCCUGGAGAAGACUUCCUGUGUAUCGACGGCAAGGAGUUCAACAGGAGGAUCCGCAACGAGAAGGGAGAGGUUGAGCAGGAGCGCAUGGACAAGGUGUGGCCUAAACUGCGAGUCCUGGCUAGAUCCUCCCCUACUGAUAAACACACUCUGGUUAAAGGCAUCAUAGACAGCUGCUUGACAGACCAGAGACAGGUGGUUGCAGUGACAGGAGACGGGACUAACGAUGGACCAGCCCUGAAGAAGGCUGACGUGGGAUUUGCCAUGGGUAUAGCCGGUACAGACGUGGCCAAGGAGGCGUCUGACAUCAUAUUAACGGACGAUAACUUCAGUAGCAUAGUGAAGGCUGUGAUGUGGGGGAGGAACGUCUACGACAGCAUCUCCAAGUUCCUCCAGUUCCAGCUGACUGUCAACGUGGUGGCUGUCAUAGUGGCCUUCACUGGGGCCUGCAUCACACAGGAUUCUCCCCUGAAGGCGGUCCAGAUGCUGUGGGUGAACUUAAUAAUGGACACCUUUGCGUCCUUGGCGCUGGCGACGGAGCCCCCCACCGAGGCCCUGCUGAUGAGGAAGCCGUACGGCCGCAACAAACCGCUGAUCUCCAGCACCAUGACCAAGAACAUCCUGGGACACGGCAUCUAUCAGCUGGUUAUCAUCUUCUCCCUGCUGUUCGUCGGUGAGCAGAUCUUUGACAUAGACAGUGGUCGUCACGCUCCUCUCCACUCCCCUCCGUCAGAACACUACACCAUCAUUUUCAACACCUUCGUCCUCAUGCAGCUUUUCAACGAGAUCAACGCCAGGAAGAUCCACGGAGAGAGGAACGUCUUCGACGGAAUCUUCAGGAACCCCAUCUUCUGUUCCAUCGUCUUCGGAACAUUCGCCAUCCAGAUUGUGAUCGUGCAGUUUGGAGGGAAGCCGUUCAGUUGUACUCCUCUGGAUUUGGAAAAGUGGGGAUGGUGCACCUUCCUGGGUCUAGGAGAGUUGGUUUGGGGACAGGUGAUCGCCACUAUCCCUAACAGCAAGCUGCGGUUCCUGCGAGGGGCGGGUCAGCUGACCAAGAAGAACGAAAUGCCUGGGGACGAGGACAUGAACGAGGACAACGAGGAGAUCGACCACGCGGAGAGAGAGCUGCGACGCGGACAGGUCCUCUGGUUCAGGGGGCUCAACCGCAUUCAGACUCAGAUCGAUGUGGUGAACACGUUCAAGAGCGGCAGCUCCUAUCAGGGCCAGCUACGGAGACAGUCCUCCACCACCAGUCAGAACCAGGAUGUAACCAAUGUUUCUAGUCCCAGUCACGUGUCCUUGUCCAAUGCCCUUUCUCCUACUUCUCCCACUGGGCAGUGCUAAGAGUGGAAUGAGGCUACCGCCCACGUCGUGAAUUUCAGGUUAUUCGCGUCGUGAACGCAUUCCGUAGCUCCCUCUACGAAGGCCUUGAGAAACCAGACUCUAGACCGUCCAUCCAUAACUUCAUGACCCACCCAGAGUUUAGGAUAGAAGACACCACGCCUCACAUCCCCCUGAUAGACGACACUGACCUGGAAGAGGACCCUGCGUUGAGGAUGAUCCCUCAGUCCCAGACAGGCAGCCAGCCCCAGUCCCCCAACAAGAACAACAACGCCGUUGACAGUGGCAUCAACCUCACCAUCGACACCACCAGUAAAUCAGCUGCAUCCUCCGGCCCAGCCAGCCCACUGCACAGUCUGGAGACCUCCCUCUAGUGGCCUGCAGCUGGCUGGUGAAGACCUCAUCUGCAGCCAUUGGAGACCUCUAGCAACACCUUCUGACAGCCUGGCUGGUGGAGACCUCCGUCUGCAAUCUGGAGACCUCCUUCACUGCCAUUUGGAGACCUUUCCCUACUGCAAUAUAGAGCUUUCUCUACUGCAAUAUAGAGCGCUUUCUCUACUGCAAUAUAGAGACCUUUCUCUACUGCAAUAUAGAGACCUUUCUCUACUGCAAUAUAGAGACCUUUCUCUACUGCAAUAUAGAGUCCUUUCUCUACUGCAAUAUAGAGACCUUUCUCUACUGCAAUAUAGAGACCUUUCUCUACUGCAAUAUAGAGACCUUUCUCUAUUGCAAUAUAGAGACCUUUCUCUACUGCAAUAUAGAGACCUUUCUCUAUUGCAAUAUAGAGACCUUUCUCUACUGCAAUAUAGAGACCUUUCUCUAUUGCAAUAUAGAGACCUUUCUCUACUGCAAUAUAGAGACCUUUCUCUACUGCAAUAUAGAGAGAUUUCUCUUGAGGCCUGGUGGAGAUAUCUACUGCAGCCUGGUGGCUCGCACACUGCAGGUUGGAGACUUCUGUCUUUCAGUCUCUUGGAUACCUCCUUUGUCUGCAGUUUGGAGACCUUCCUCUAGCCUCAGUCUGUCUCCUGCAAUCUUUCCUCCUGUACCUGGAGAAAACAGCAUACCACACAUACAAUCAGAAAGCACAACAAAGCCAACACACAGGACAUGUGUGUGUACUGUGUGUGUGUGUGUGUGUGUGUGUGUACGCUGCUGACUGACUGAACCAUGUUUCUAGCAGCAGUGAAGAGGAGGACCAGAAAGUGAGUGGAAAAAACAGCAUAAACUACAACCCACUCCUCUCUCCGUCCUCACAUUAACAAUGACUGUUUCUCCUAAUAGAUUCAAUUAAAAACAUUUAUUAUUGCUCCUGCAUGAAUUGUAUAUUAUCCAAUGUUUUUAUUUAAAUCGUUUUUAAAUUUGAUUGGGUGGGUGAGAAGUGGAUUGCUUCUUUAAGGCAGCUUUAUCUGAUCGUUGGUCUGCGAGUUCUUUAAGUGUAAAAAUGUAUUUGGUUUAUAAAAAUGAGACAUGUGUCAAGGCCGUAGGACUCAACAAGCACAGUAGAUUUACACCUGUUGGAAAAGAGGUACCCAUAAAUAAAUAACAUUUCUUAAACUUAUGAUAUAUAUAUAUAUAUAUAUAUAUAUACACAGAGUUUAUCUUCAUUUGUUGGCAUGUUGCCUUGUUUCUGCUUCGAUGGCUCUAACUACUUUUAACUUAUUUAUGUCCUUAAGAGAAUGUCAUUGGUUUACAACACCCGUAGAAACUUCCUGGUUGAUUUGUAGGGUUCCAAACCAUUCAGCAGAUGUAGUUGAAAAAAAAUAAAUAAAACUCAAGUUGUUUGAGUUCUCCUAUUUGGUGUUUAUAAUAUAUAUAUAGUGUACUGGACUUGCCUGCUAUCAAAUACUGUAGAUAUUUUUUAGAGGAUAACAAAAGAAUACCAAAAUAUUAUGGGAUGUAAUAAUUCAUGUUAGUUAAUAUUAUAUGAUUGUUGGGAUGAACUUUGAACCUUUGUUUCCAAACAGAGAUGUUAAUAAGACUAAAGGUUUUAUUUCUUUAAUUACAAUUUUUCUUAUUUUUUCUUAUUUUUGCGUUCAAAGCUUGAAAUGUAACUUAAAUGGAGACUUACUCUGAGCUGAGAGGCCGAACAGGCUUUCUAUAACGGACAUGUCUCCUAUAUAAAAAAAACUGCUAGUUUUAAGGAUUUUUACAUUUUUAUUUUGUGUGACCAUCAAAGGCUGCGAUGGAUUUAUAGUAGAAAUUGCAAACUAUUUGGUUUAUCUGUAUAGAAACAUCUAAAAGUUGUGUUGAAAAUCUUGUGAUAUAAUGUGUUGAUUGAUUGUAUUAUAAUUUUAUUGAUUUCUUGUUUUCCUUUAAAAAAAAUAAUAAGAAAAAAACCACACACGACGAUCCAAAGCUAUUGGCAUUUUGAACGACAAAAAAAAAUUAAAAAAAAUAAAGUAUAAAAUAAAAUAAAAAAACGAAGUAAUGAUGCUAUCAACAACAAAAAUUAAAAAUUGGAAGAAAAAAAAGAAAUUUCCUCACUAUCAGGAUAUGAAUGAAAUCCCUUUUUGGUGUGUUUUUAGAUGUGUUUCUGUGGUGGUUUAACCAAGCUUGUCUUCCUGCCUUCACCGAGUCAAAUCUAGCAUCUCAACACUAUUCACUUAGUUGUUAGAACUAUUUAUUGUGCUUUAAAAAAAAAAAGGAUGUGGGAGAUUAACAAAAGACACACUUAACUUACUAUACAUCAAAAGGUACAGAGGCAUUCAUAGCACACAUUCUUGUGUUAUUGUAAUAUUCCUACAACCAAUUGGAGUCAUUGAAAAGCAUGAUGCUCAAUAUGCAAGUUGAACCAAUCACAAUCGUUCUACUCUAAAUGACUCCUGUGGUAAUUAUACGUUGACCUGAUUUCUCUUUUAUUAAACCAAUUCUGACGUCGGAUUCGGAGAGGGUGCACAAGCUUUCAACACUUAGCUCAGGCCUGUUGAACAAGCUAAGGACUGUCGUCGUUGUUGUUGUUGUUGUUGAAACAGCUCUAUUUUCAUUCAGAAAUGGUCUAUCUUGACUUCUGCAGUUGCUUUUUAAAACCGCUAGAUUUUUUUUUUUGUAUAUUUUUUUUCUCCUUCGGGUAAAACAUUUUUUAUUUAAUUUUUUACAUCACAUCUAUACAUUCAAGCUAUACGUUUAGCUUUAAGGGGAUGCAACAGUGUGGUGCAUGUACAUGACUUCUAAGAGGAAUGUCUUCUAAGAGGAAUGACUUCUAAGAGGAAUGUCUUCUAGGAGGAAUGUCUUUUAAGAGGAAUGUCUUCUAGGAGGAAUGUCUUUUAAGAGGAAUGACUUCUAAGAGGAAUGUCUUCUAGGAGGAAUGUCUUCUAGGAGGAAUGUCUUCUAGGAGGAAUGUCUUCUAGGAGGAAUGUCUUCUAGGAGGAAUGUCUUCUAGGAGGAAUGUCUUUUAAGAGGAAUGUCUUCUAGGAGGAAUGUCUUUUAAGAGGAAUGUCUUCUAGGAGGAAUGUCUUUCAAGAGGAAUGUCUUCUAGGAGGAAUGUCUUCUAGGAGGAAUGUCUUCUAAGAGGAAUGUCUUCUAGGAGGAUUGUCUUUUAAGAGGAAUGUCUUCUAGGAGGAAUGUCUUCUAGGAGGAAUGUCUUUUAAGAGGAAUGUCUUCUAGGAGGAAUGUCUUUUAAGAGGAAUGUCUUCUAGGAGGAAUGUCUUCUAGGAGGAAUGUCUUCUAGGAGGAAUGUCUUUUAAGAGGAAUGUCUUCUAGGAGGAAUGUCUUUUAAGAGGAAUGUCUUCUAGGAGGAAUGUCUUCUAGGAGGAAUGUCUUCUAAGAGGAAUGUCUUCUAAGAGGACAUACACACAACGGUCCAUCCGUCCAGGCUAGUGGGCUGUACUUUACUAAACUCUGCUUGUACUCUAAGCAAUUCCUCCAUAGCAGAAUUCAUUACUGAUCAGGGGCCCCCAUAUUCACAAAGCAACUCAGGUCUAGGAUCAGCCCCCCCCCCCACCUUCUCCCCUCAAACGGAUACUAGAUUACAUCUCCUAUUCUGAGACACUUUGUGAAUAUGGUCCCUGAGCCAUUCUAGUCUCAACCAGACCACCAGGCCCUGUAUUCAUAACGUUUAUCAUAGUAGGAGUUCUGAUCUAGGAUCAGUUUGACCUAUUUUAGAUAAUAGUGAAUAAGAUUAUUAUAGAAAAAGGGGGAGGGGAGAGGACCUGAUCCUAGACCAGCAAUCCUACUCUGAAUACGGGCUCAGACCUCAGUCUGUUCAUCAUGUCAACACACACACGCUUAACUAAACUCAUCCAACUAUUGUUAUAAAUAAUAAUAAUGAUCCUAAUAAGGAGGACACUUCUUGCAAUAUGUCACCUGCCUCUGUGUACUUUACCUAGCAGCAUGCCAUUUUGUUUUUUUGUGGAACAAAGAAAGCGUCAAAAUGCCAACGGUGAAAUGUGGCAUUCUGGCCGAUUUGAUGGGUAUAAAUGAUACGUUUCUUUCCCGGCAUCCUACAUCUUGUUUUUCUGAAUUGUUUUAUCUAUACAAUAAUUGUAAAUAAAGAACUCAAUGUCUUUUGUUCAUUUAAUACUA